AUGUGCACUACAACCACUGUUCCAUUCGCUUUUGACCUGGGUGCUAUACUACUUGGUGACCUCACUGCCCAAGGUUUGGACCAGACAAAUAUCGAUUGGCCAACCGCAGUUAUUGAGGAUUUUUCUUGGAUUGCGACGACCACCAAGUUUGUCUCUGUUUUAGCUGUUUUGAACAUUGUGACAAUGGGGCUCGUUGUAUUGAUGGAUGGAGUCAUGUUUACGCGAGCCGAUUUCAAUUACCCUUAUAUCAUUCGAUCCUUCUUCUUGUCAAGUUUUGUGAUGAUGAUUAUAACAUCAUCACUGGGGACAUUUCUUGCCACCGGCCUUGUUCGUCUUCUUAAUCAUCACGGCGAUAUUUACGAUAUAUCUGCAACUGGUGGUGCCCAGUUCAUGAUUCUCACAUGGGUGGCAUUUGCACCUUGCCUCUUACGCAGCCUCCCCUUCUUAGCCACGCUGCAUAUCUGUGUGGAUGGGAAUCAAGGCCCGGCAGACGGAAAUCAUGAGGAGUCGUUCCGGCUAUUAGGUGCCGCCGAGGCAGAUUUGGCAAAGCAGACGAAUAGGUAG